AUGGCUGCAAACACAACAUCUCCAAAAUUGAUUGUUGAUCAAACAUCGUCAUUAGCAGAUGAGCGCAUUCAUAUUUGCGCUCAGUGUUUGCAACCCUUUCAAUGCUACACACUUUUAUUAUCAAUCAUAGAUGAAAAAUCAACUCUAUUUAAAUCUUUAGCGUUCUAUCUCGCAGACGCUGAUGGAAAAAUCGAUCUUGCCAGAGACGCUGCAAUCGAAUCGCCAUCUGGUUCCUAUCGCGGUGUUUUCUCCGAGGGCUUGUUUUCGACACUCAAACCUCUUAUUCCUUAUGAACGCCUCGUGCGUCGAGAUGUCACGCACCCUCUUCGGUUCGUUCUGUCGCUAUGGAACGGUUCAACUGCUUCCACAAUUUCUGAUCAAUAUCUCCGUCAAUUCACGUCGGUUGUCACAUCACAACACCUUAUCGAUACAUCGCUCGAUUUCGUGACUUCACUGAAUGUUGGGUUAUCGGAAUCACUGAAUGUUGGGUUAUCGGAAUCACUGAAACCCUUAGCGGUUCAAUCCAUUGAUCGUCAUUUCAUGAAGGACGGUGUUCGCCGUGUUGUUGUCAAAGAGGGCAAACUGCGUGGCACGGUUUUCAUUCCAGCAGGCAAUGGGCCCUUUCCCGGAGUUCUCGAUAUUUCUGGCGCUGCUGGUGGUCUUGUUGAGUAUCGAUCCGCUUUACUCGCUAGUAGAGGGAUCUUAGCGAUGUCCCUCGCGUAUAUCCGUUAUGAUGAUUUACCGAAAUCAAUGAAACAUUUAGAAAUCGAAUAUCUCGAAGAAGCAGCAGAAUGGCUGUUUCAACAUCCAAAGGUGAAUCCCGUUUCAGGGGGCGUCGGACUGAUUGGCUCCUCGAAGGGCGGGGAAUUUGGGAUUGCAGCCGCUUGUUAUUCCCGCCGUAUUACUGCGUUGUGCACAGUCAACGGAAAUAUCAUGUCGAUUGGAUCACGGACAACACGUCAAUUAAGUGACGUGAAAUACCGAACAGAGUACGGAAUGGUCACGCCGUCUGGGGUGCAGUAUCCACCUGCACCGUUAGAUGUUGGAAAGGCAGUUCUAUACGACGAUGAUGCUAUCAAUGUGAGAGAUUCUGUUGCGUUUCCGGUCGUUCCUGAACUUCGAAAUAUGUAUUCGAAGUUUCGAAAACCGUUUAUUCGUGAAGGACGUCAAAUUGUCUCUGGAGACAAGGACGAUUUUGGUACAGCGACACAAGAGGAAGAAACCAACAGUGGCGGAUUUUUCAAAUUUGGAGAAACAGACUUCGAAACUAUCAAACAAUCGAUGUAUCCGAUAGAACAAGUUCACGCAGACUGGUGUUUGUUUAUCGCCGGAGAGUCCGAUCAAAACUGGCAUUCCCCCGUCUACGCACUGGAAGCUGUUCGAAGGCUUGAAGCCGUUGGGAAGAAACACGUCCGUGCGCUGAUUUAUCCGAAAACAGGACAUUACAUUGACCCUCCAUGUGCGCCAUUCGAGGAAGCAUCAUUUCACCCACUGGCACAGUCUGUUGUUGUUUGGGGAGGAGAGAGCUUUUCUCAUCAAGCAGCUCAGGAAGAUGCUUGGAUGCAGACGCAGUUAUUUUUCAAGAAAGCGCUAACAUCACCACCAGAUCCACUUUCGUCGAAGUUGUAA